AUGACCGCAGGGAAAGAGGAGGACGCAUGGGAGUGGGAAGACGACGCUCUUGCGUCGUCUGCCUCUUCUCCCGCAAGCUCCGAUGUGCGUGAUCAUCAAGAAGAGACGCAGACGCAUACAGACAUGCCCUAUUCAUCUCUGUCCGAUGACAGCAAGUGGCGCUUUGACCUCUCGGAACUCGAGCUCGAGAUGGCGCGCGGCCUUCCACUUGCCUCUGCGUCGUCAUUUAGCGUCGUUGAAGGCGCUACGAGAACUGAACAGACGCUCAUAGCAUCGACGGAUGCCAUGACUACGCGUCUACGAUCGGACAAUGAGCGGGUACGGACGCUGCAGGCGCUGGCGCUUGUUGUUCGACUGCAUGUUUUGUCAGCACGUGGCAGCUGUGCAGAGCUCGCGAGUGGACUGGAACCGCCUGUGGAUGUGAUAACGGACAUAUAUGAGGAGCUGAGACAAUUGGCUGGAGACUGGGGCAACAAAGAGCUGCUGGAAACGACGUUGCGGCCGCCGAGACGCCAGCAGCUCGAGGAAAUGACCGGUCUAUUGCAUCAUGCUCUCACUGCCGACGACGAGGACUUGACGCUGCUUCAGCAUGUGCUAGAGCAGCUUUUUCGUGGCCUGACGGACCAGACGCUCGUACUGUCGACCAAGUGGCUCGAACAAAGUGCUGACGAAGACAGAGAGGCAGAGACAGAGACGACGAGCUAUUUGACCCAGAUCUUGGCACUGAAUGAAAGUCAUCGCGAUGGUACGAGCAGCGCCCUGACGUUAUCAGAGGCAGAGGUUUUCCAGGAUGCAAAGGAUAUCGGUCGAGAUGAAUUGCUCAUCAAUGGAGUACGGGUGGAAGGCACACGAGAAUACGAUGCAGUAGUGGAAGCGCUGCAACGCGAGCUAGAGCUCGUGCUGGCUCGUCAAGCUGGCAAAACAGUCGAGCAGACGUCCGUGGAUGUAAACAACGCGCUGCAGUCGAUCGCGAUGGCUGUGCUGCAUGCGAUCAACCGUACAGAGUCAGGUGGAAGCUCCUACGAGCUACUGAGCAAGUUUGUAAGCAGCCACGAAGUGGACCGAGUGCUGCUUCGUCCGAACUCCGCUCGAGCUGCUCCGCUCGAAGUUUGCGUGGAUGUGGGUCCGUACUUGGAGUCCAUUCCUGGGCGAGACAUAUCCACCUGGGCAUUUGGUCUGCGUGUGAAGCUCGUGGCUGUGACUUGGUACCUGAUAUGUGACGCGCAAGACCCGACGAAAGAGCUGCACGAGUUCGAGACCACGUUCUGUAACCGCCUUGCUUUCCCAGUCGGACUCACGCCGUUCCAUCCGCUGGAAUGCAUACGCAAAGAUCGCGGCGAUGUUGCAGUUCGCUUAGUGUUGCCAACGGAGGACUCAUCGUGCUCGCAGAGCUCUCCGCUUCGGCACCAUCUAGACGAGCAAGCUCGUGCAUAG